GGUUUGGGUGUGGGUUUGAUCCAUAAAGCCAGUGGUGUCCCUUCCCAUUCAAAAGCGCCGAAAGAAAGAAACCUAACAACGCCAUAGCGUUUCCUAACCCAUCGUGCGAGGUCCCUCGACCUCCGCACAACCCCAACUCCAAGGGGCUGUGCCUGUCGCCGUCGUCUUCCACGCUCAUGUCGGAACCCGACAUCCACGCGCCGCCGUUCCUGCUCCAGCGCCCGCCGCUCCUGCAGUCGGCCUCGCCACUCUUCAAGCAGCGAUCGUGGUCGCCGGACGCCUUCCGCGAUGAGGCGUGGCUCCGGCGCAAGGGGAACUGCAAGAACCGCCGCAGCAAGAGCGUCACCGAUGAGGACGUGGACGAGCUCAAAGCCUGCAUCGAGUUGGGCUUCGGAUUCGAUUCCUCCCCCGAGAACGAGCUCGAUCAACGCCUCUCCGAUACUUUGCCCGCUCUCGGCCUCUACUACGCCGUCAACAAGCGCUACAACAACUCCCUCGUCACCAAAACCACGCCGUCCUCCUCCUCCGCCGCCUCCGAUUGCGACAGCAGUCCUUCCCCCCACGGCAGUCCCCACUCCGCCAUCUUCACCACCGGUGAUAACCCUCAGACGGUGAAGACGAGGCUGAGGCAGUGGGCUCAGGUAGUUGCUUGUGCGGUGCGUCAAAGUUCAGAUGUGUGAUUGGGAAGCAAAUGAAGAAGCAGGGUUGUCAAACGUAAACCAUAAAAUAGAAGCAAUGUGUGAUUGGUAUUAUUAUAAAUGACAACGAUUCCCCAUCGAACCGGACCAAACCGAGAGCGGACCCUAGUUAACCACCCAAUUGUGACGGAACCAAACUAGUUAGUUAAUUAGCUAUAUUACAUUACAUGCGGGGCUGUCGGCAGCGCCUUGUUUUGUACUGUACUUGUCCAAUGUGAUGACUAAGCCAAGGUAGAUCUGUUCUAUUAUAGUAUUAUCUGUCACAUAUAUGAUAUAUGCUAGACUUACGUACAAUUUAGUUUUAUUUGUGUGCCGGGUGUGUGAAAGGAAAAAAAAACAAGUCAAAAGGUGUUCUGCUGCACUUGAAUCCA